AUGUCGAAGACCAAUCGAUCAGUCAUCUUGAAUGAGACAAUCCCAAGUGGCCAACCUGUACCCCCAGAUGCAUUCAGCAUUCAAGAGUCUGUUAUUCCGGAACUUGCGGACGGCCAGGUACUUCUUCGACCAAUUGCGUUUUCUGUCGACCCUGUGCAACGAACUCUCCUGGCAGGUGCAAGAGAGGCGAUGAUGCCAUCGUAUGUCCCUGGGAAGCCAAUCGUCAACUUCGCCGUUGCUCGCGUGGUAGCCUCGCGCCGUGACGAUGUCAAGGUUGGGGCUUUGAUCCAAGGGCGUUUCGACUGGUCAGACUAUGUAGUCUGGGAUGGGAAAACCGAUAUCUUCACACAAGCCGUGGACCCGAAGAUCCCCAAGGUGUCUAACGCACUGAGUAUUAGCGGCAUCACCGGCCUCCCCGCGUACUUUGGCAUGAUCGAGGUUGGACAAGUUCAACCGGGUGAGACGGUAGUGGUUUCUAGCGCCGCAGGGGCCGUCGGCUCCGUCGCUGGGAAGAUCGCGAAGAUCAGGGGUGCAAAGAAGCUGGGUCUCGAUGUGGCCCUUAACUUCCGCGCAGAUGACUUUGCCGAACAGCUUCGAGCUGCGACCUCGGGUAAAAUCGAUCUAUACUUCGACAGUGUGGGAGGUCAACUUUCUCAGAUCAUCAUGAAGCAGAUGAAGCGUCCUGCCCGGGUGGUCGAGUGUGGCCAGAUCGCGACCUAUGACGAUAAUAACUAUGCUUGGGUGGUGAAUAUCUCGCCAAUACAUAUGAACGGUUUACGUCUCGAAGGGUUUCAACCUAUGUUGUUCCAUGAAAAGUGGCCGGAGGCCUUCGAGCAACUUCGCAAAUGGGUUGAGUCUGGCGAGCUCGUCGCUAUCGAAACGGAGAGCAAAGGCCUCGAGUCUCUCCCUGGUGCCCUCACCGCGCUUAUGAAAGGCGAGAACACCGGGAAAGCGAUUGUCACGAUAGACGAGUGA